UUCCAAGCAAAACAACAAGUUAAAUUCGAAUAUUUUUUUUCACAUUUCAAUUGUGAUUUCAUCGAAGUAAUUUCAUCACAAGAUGAAAUUCAUUAUAGGCAUAUUGUUUGUAGCGGCACUACUAGGAGAUGUUCUUACAGUUAACAGAAGCAUAUAUAAAACAUGCAAUCAAAGUAGCUUUUGCAGACGGUGUCGUAAAGUGACUCCAAAUCGUUCACCGUAUGAAUUGGUGCCGGCCUCAUUAAAAACAGACACCGACUCGAUUCAAAUCGACCUUGUGAAUAAAAAUAAUGGUCAUAUAUUUGUGCUCACACUUGAAGGUGUUCAGGGUGAUGUUUUUCAUGUUACAAUUGAUGAGAAACUUCCAAUUAAAAGAAGAUACCGAGUUACUGAUGCAUUGAAAGGUCCCAUUAAACUAGAUACUAUCAAUGUGAUAGAAGUAAAUAAAAGCAUUGUUGUUACUUGUGGAUCGAAUAAAGCCGUUCUUCAUGCAAGCCCAUUUAAAAUUGAUUUCUAUCGAAAUGGGAUGUGGAUUUUGUCGGCAAAUGACAAAGGUUUAUUCAAAUUCGAACAUUACCGCAGAAAACCCUAUAGGCCAGAACUGUCGAAUGAUGAUACUGAUAAGGAAUCGGGUGCCUGGGAAGAAGACUUCCUACAACAGAAUCUUUACAUGCACCAUGAUUCAAAACCAAAUGGACCCGAAGCAGUUGCACUUGAUUUCACAUUCCCACAGGCUCAAAUACUUUUUGGUAUUCCCGAGCACGCUGAUUCAUUUGCACUCAAAUCGACUUUGGAUGGCGAUCCAUAUCGAUUGUAUAAUUUAGAUGUUUCUUAUUACGAAGUAGAAAGUAGAAUGGCUUUGUACGGUUCGGUUCCGAUUAUCUAUGGACAUGGAAUAAAUGGUACAGUUGGUGUUUUUUGGAUGAAUUCGGCCGAGACAUGGGUUGAUAUUCACAAAAAUAACUCAUCUUCACAUCAAGAACCACUUGCAUCACAUUUUAUGUCUGAAACGGGAAUCGUCGACACGUUUAUUUUGUUGGGUGAAACUCCACAAAAUACAUUCAAGCAAUAUACGGAUUUGACCGGCGUUGCUCCAUUGCCACAACAAGCUACACUUGGUUUUCAUCAAAGUCGAUGGAAUUACAAGGAUGAAAAUGAUGUUGUUAAUGUUAGUUCAAAUUUUGAUGUUCAUGACAUACCAUUGGAUACGAUGUGGCUAGAUAUUGACUAUACUAAUAACAAACAAUACUUUACAUGGGAUCCAAAACUAUUCCCUAAUCCCAUGAAAAUGAUCGGAAACUUAACUGAAAAAGGUCGGCAUUUGGCAAUAAUCAUUGAUCCACAUAUCAAAGUAUCACGAAGUUAUAAAAUACAUAACGAUUGCUCGAAUCGUGGUUACUAUGUAAAAAACAAAAAUGGAAAUAAUUUCAAAGGUACGUGUUGGCCUGGACAGUCAAGUUAUGGUGAUUUUUUCAAUCCAACCGUUCGCAAAUACUUUGCUGAUCAGUAUCUCAUGGAGAAUUUCAAUACAACAAAUGAUGUUUUCAUUUGGAAUGAUAUGAAUGAACCGAGUGUGUUUUCCGGUCCCGAAUAUACGAUGCCAAAAGAUAAUGUACACACGACCGAAUUAGGAUCGUUUGAACAUCGUGCUGUACACAAUUUAUACGGUCAUAUGCAAACAAUGUCUACAUUCGAUGGUUUGUAUCGCCGUGGAAAUGGUAAAUAUCGCCCCUUUAUUUUAACACGUAGUCAUUUUGCGGGUAGUCAACGUUAUGCAGCUAUUUGGACCGGUGAUAAUAUAGCUGAUUGGAGUUAUUUAAAGGUUUCAUUGAAAACAUGUUUAACACAAGCAGUAAGUGGAUUUUCAUUUUGUGGUUCAGAUGUUGGCGGAUUCAUAAAUAAUACGAGUGAAGAAUUGUUUGAGCGUUGGCAUCAAGCAGGUGCAUUUCAACCAUUUUUCCGUGCUCAUGCUUCGAAUCACACUAAACGUCGCGAACCAUGGCUAUUUCCAGAAGCAACAAAACUUGUUGUUCGUGAUGCGAUCCGUAAGCGAUACACAUACUUGCCACUUUGGUAUGUUUUAUUCUACGAACAUGAGCGAUUUGGUUUGCCAGUGAUGCGACCACUUUUAAGUCAUUUUCCAUAUGAUCCAGAGGCAUUUCCAAUCGAUAAUCAAUACUUAUUGGGGGACAAACUCUUAGUUCACCCAGUUACGGACAAGGGCGCCAAUAAAGUUGAUGUUUAUUUUCCACAUCAUAAUGCCACUGGCAAUGGCGAUUUGUGGUACGAUAUUGAUGAUUAUACCGUGUAUAAUUCCACUGGAUAUGUUUCGAUUCCGGUAAAUCGUUAUAAGAUACCAGUUUUUCAACGUGGCGGAACGAUAGUGCCAAAAAAGGAAUAUGUACGACAAGCAUCUACAUUGAUGAAAAACGAUCCAUUCACAUUGGUCGUCUGUUUGAAUAAAUUUAAAGAAGCCAAUGGUACACUUUAUGCUGAUGACGAAAGAAGCUACGAAUAUCGUAACGGCAAAUACAUUUAUGCGCACAUCGAAUUUAAGGAGAAUAUACUGAGCAGCAAAUCCAUCGAUCCAAGUGCAGCAUUUGAUUCGUUUCUUUCAAUUGAACGUGUUGUUAUUGCUGGCUUCGAUACAGCUCCGAAAACGGCCACAUAUUCAACCGCAUCAAAACGCGUCAUACUAGAUGUCAUUAAGGACAAAAACUCAUAUACCAUCCAUAAUCCGGGCGUCAACAUUGCGGAAGAUUGGACAAUCGUUUUCAAUUCAUCAUCAAGACAUAGCUCAUCAUUUAUAGUUUUAUUGUCUUUUAUGUUCUUCUACUUUUUCUACUUCAAUUUACUAUUGUAAAAAAGAAAUUAGCAAAGUUCGCUCAGUUACAGAUUUACCAGCAUUGAAAUUGUAAUGUUACUAACCAUUAACAUAAACGUCUGUAAUAGUUAAUAAAAUUAUAAUAGCUAUUAAUGUAAUGCUAACAUCUAACAUUACAAUUUCAAUAGCUAAUACCGAUAAUGUCUUGUUUCAAUAACAAUGUGUUACCCGUAUUGUUAAAAAUCUAACAUUAAUAUUGAGACUUUUCAACACAACUUUAAGUUGAAAAUAUAUUUACAAUAUAUGGAAUUUGUGUCUGCUCCAAGCUCAGCAUUGAAAUUGAUUUGGUUGAUGAGCAAUUUCAAUGAUGAGCUUAGAGCAGACACAGACGCCAUCUAUUGUAAAUAUAUUUCCAACUUAAAGUUGUAUUGAAAAGUCUUAUUAUUACUCUUAGAUUUUUGACAUUAGCGGCAGCGUUGAGUAACACAUUAUUAUUGUAACGAAGCAUUGCCAGUAAUGCAAUAGCUAUUACUGGUAAUGCUAGAAUCUAACGUUACAAUUGUAAUGACCUUACUGUAAUGCUUCGUUACAAUUGUAAUGUGUUACUGCAAAAUGUGAAUCUGUACGCUCAGUAGCACAUUAGCAUAUAAUUCGAAUAAAUUGAAAAUUAAAAAAGUCACUCAAA